GGAAACUUCAACAAGAAGUCCCACUCAUAUCCUCUUCCAGUCUAUCCUAUCUCAGCUCCCAAACACAAAUUACAGCAGACCCCUUUUUUUCUUGUAUUUAAAUAAUUUUUAGGAUUAUUUUUCUGUAAUGAAAAGGCAAAGUCAUCGCCUUGUCGCCCUGCUGAAUCACAGUUGAAUCUCUCGUUUCCAUUAUUAUAUUUAUCCCCUUUGUCCCGUUCGCCAAAUUGUCACGGAACGGAGACGACCCCGUUUAACCCAUCUCAUCUCCACCGCCGGCCGACGGUUCCGUUCGUUUAAUCGCCGUUGCCUGAUCUUCUCCGGCUCCGUUUUGGGUUCGGACCUCCGGAGAGUUCGAAUUAAUCAUUGCGUGUUUUGGGUAAUGUGGGAUUUUGGUCAGAGACCCCCACAGAGCUGGUUGGUGGAUGCGAAAAUAAAGUUAUUUGACUGGUAGAGAUAGAGAGAGAGAGGGGAAAAAGAAACCCUAGAAGAAGAACAAAAAGAUUUUUCCCAAUCGAAUGAGAUAAAUGCUCUGAAAUCUUCCUCUUCACGUCUCUCGAUUUAAUUAAUUUCUGUUUCGCAAACUCAUGCCGGCCGAUUUAGACAAUUCCUCGCCGGCUUCCGGGGAAGCCAGUGUCUCCUCCACCGGAAACGGCGCUCCGCCUCCUAAAUCCGCCGCUAAGAAAAAGCGAAAUCUACCCGGAAUGCCAGAUCCGGAUGCGGAAGUGAUUGCUCUGUCCCCAAAGACUCUAAUGGCCACAAAUCGAUUCGUUUGUGAGAUUUGCAAUAAGGGGUUUCAGAGGGAUCAGAAUCUGCAGCUUCACCGGCGAGGCCACAAUCUUCCAUGGAAACUCCGGCAGAGGUCCAGUAAGGAGGUGAAGAAGAAGGUGUAUGUCUGCCCUGAGCCGUCGUGUGUUCAUCACGAUCCCUCCAGAGCUCUGGGUGAUCUGACCGGAAUUAAGAAACAUUUCUGCAGAAAGCACGGCGAAAAGAAGUGGAAAUGCGAUAAAUGUUCGAAGAAAUACGCCGUUCAGUCUGAUUGGAAAGCCCAUUCCAAAAUUUGUGGUACCAGAGAGUACAAAUGCGAUUGUGGAACACUGUUUUCCAGGCUCAAAUUGGAGCAGCAGCAUCAAACGCCUCGCUGCUUCGUGGGUUGGGCUUAGUACCAUCUUCCUCUUCCGCUGCGCAGCAAGAGAGGUUACAAUGGAAUAAGAGGCAAGUCGAAGCAGAUGGCAUCUCGAUCGCUGCAGGGCUCGGGCUGGGACUUCCUUGCGACGGAAACUCCGGAUUGAAGGAACUAAUGAGGGGAAACAAUUCCAUAUUUGCUCCAAAGCACACCACCCUGGACUUCCUCGGAUUGGGGAUGGCAGCUGGUGGGAGCCCGAACAGCAGCCUCGCAGCGCUAAUCACGUCGAUCGGUGGCAGCGUAGACGUCACCACGACAACAACCGGAUCAUAUGGAGCAGGUGACAUAUCCGGCAAAGACAUGAACAGGAACAACUGAAAGAGGCAUGUCAUAAGAGGCAGCUGGGUGUAAUUUUGUCUUUUUGUGGGGUGUAAUUUUUCCGAUGCCCACUGUUAGUUGUUGUUAUCCACACAAUUGGACACUGGUUUGGCAAUAGAGAAACAGCCCAGUAAAUUGGAAUCUGUAAAGUUUUCCAACACUCCUCAUGAAGCGUGUUGUAAUUAUUAAAUCAUUCAGUAUUAUAAAAUGCAGAAAUCAGGGUAUUGGUUUAUGCAAUUUUUGGUA